GGCAUCAGCUCCUCAGCUGCAGGCAAUUAUUCUGGCAGUGCACACAAUGAGUCUUUGCCAGAUCGUCUGCUAACCUCAGUUAUUUCACAGCCUCAUGUUCCUGUGUAUUUAUCAGUGUGCAUUACUUAGUCUCCUAGUCGGUACCUGGACUCGUCAUUCCAAACCCUUCCAUAGCCUUGCUUCUGGAUUCAGCUGCUGCUUAAUCCUUUUCAGACAAACUGCCAUUCUCACCUGCCUGCCUCCCUGCACACCUAUAUUGGACUCAGCACUCGCCUGGACCUCACCUCGCCUCCACCUCCAGCUAAUCCCCGCCUGCAAACACUGCCCUCACCAGCCCCACUCCAGUCUCAGCAGUUUUUGUUUUUGCAAAUCACUUGGAGCUUCUGGUCUUUGGUUCUGCGCCCGAGUCCAUUCCACGCCACGGACCUCUGAGCCCUGACAACGGUCUAAACAUCUGGAAAGUCCUGGAGGAAGAGAAUGGCUGGACUCAUCUGGAUUCUGCUUUCUGCGUGCCUCCUGGGUUGUACCUCUCAAGUUUCUCUUUCAGGCCAGAAAAACGUCACAGCUGAGUCUGGAAGGAACGUCACUUUGACAUGUCAAGCUCGAAAAAACAUCCAGACUGUGGAGUGGAGAAGAGCUGACCUGGGAGAUGAAUAUGUUUUUUUGUAUCGGGAUGAGAGGAAAACUUCAGUGCACCAGCAUCCAUGUUUUAAGGACCGGGUGGAUCUAAAGGACAAACAGAUGAAGGAUGGAGACGUGUCUCUGAUUCUGAACAAUGUGACGAUUAAUGACACUGGAACAUACGAGUGUCGUGUCGUUGAGAAAGGAACAAUUGGUUUGAAGCUCAUCAGCAUCAUCACCCUGAGUGUUGUUCCUCCAGGAUCUGUUGGACUAAUCGUUGGUGUGGUAGUUGCUGCUGCUGCCCCCGUUGUUGCUGCUGUUGCUGGAUUUGUGAUCUACAGAAACCAUAAAAAGGCAAAAGAAGUUCGUCUCAGACCUCUUGUCAUUAAACAGUCUCCUGCUGCUGUUCCCACUUCCCAGUGUUGUCAGUGA